UUGCUGAUAAAAACGAUCAAAACAGCAGGUGAAAAAAGUGUAUUCAGUCUCCGUGAUAGCUUUCAAACACACAAGAUGGUGAAUCCAAAUUUUCUUGAACAGCGGUGUUUUUUCUUACAAGGAAUACUUGUUCUCUUCUUGAGCGUGUGUCAGGUGCGAGGAAUCUAUACUGUUCAGAUGGACAACAGAUGUGGCGAAACAAUAUCAAUGGCAGAAGACAACCAGAUGGAAUUAAAGUUCGACAAAGAGUUGCUCAUGGAAAACAGUUGUACUGUAACGAUAUCGAACACGGCUAACUUUCCAAACCUCAUGUUUUACUUCGACGAUUUUGAUGUUGAAUGUCGACACGGCCAUGUUUCUGUAACAGAUGAAUUUCAGAUUAGGCCUUCAGGUUUGGAUAGUCAAAUAUGUGGCAAGGAGCCAAAACGUGUCUACACGGUGAAUGGCGGUUUGAAAGUCACUUACACACUGUUGAAAGACCGCAGCAAUGAAGACGAAUUUGAAAUGGUUAUUACGGCGUUUGCUGACAAAGAAGCAUGUCCAAGCAAUGGUCACGUGUGUAGCAAUGGAAGAUGUAUCGAUAAUAACCUGCAUUGUAACGGUUAUGAUUCCUGUGGUGAGGGCGCGGACUGCUCAUCAGGGCUCAAUGCUGGCGCACUGGCUGGAAUCAUUAUAGGAACACUUCUAUGUUUGCUGUUCGUUGUCGUAGUCGCUGUUUGCUGUGUGUGCUGCAAAUCACAAUCGAAAAGGAAACGUGGAAGUAAUCCCGAGGCUGGAGUUGCUUACACAGCCAACCCUAACAGUCGAAUCCAGAUGCAGGCAUCCCCGAUCACGUAUUCCCAACCAAUGUAUGGCUACCAACCACAGUCAGGCUACCAGCCCCAACCAGGCUCUGCUCCGUAUGGAUACCAACACCAACCCAGCUGCCCUCCAAAUCCUGAAACUAAACCUCCAAGUGGCUACCAAUCCCAAUCAGGCUUUCCGCCACAACCGAUGUUUGAUCAUCCCCCGCGCUAUGAGGAAAUAUGUGAAGCAAAUACAAACGACAAUGUCGCGGAAAAUAAAGCUUCUAACAGCGCAUUGAAAACUGAUGAGGCUCACGCCUACUCCAACCUCGGGGCUGAGAAUGAUUUAGAGAACGAAUCAAAGGCAAAGGAAUGAACCACUGAGUUAUUCACGGUGGUAAAUGGUAAACAUUGAUGAUUACCGGUGUUUACAACGUUAUGAUAAGUUUUAAUGUAUCUGUUUGAUCGGACGAGUUGUUAAUCAAAUGCUAUUUAUAAAAGUCACAUCAUUCUUCAGGAAUGUAUCUGUAUGCGUUGUACUGUGUGUAAAGGUUUGUAUUAUUCAGGUUAAUGUGAAUGCACUUUAUUGCGAUUACAUUGUCUAUAUAUGUAUAUACAUACUGUGAAAUAAGUUCCAAAAAGCUUCAUAAAGUUAAACUGCAAAACGAAAGUAGAAUAUUCUUUCAGAAUUAAUAAAACUAAUCGAAAAAAAAUACAGGCGAUUUAUUGAUUCAUUGUGAUAAAAAUAUUAUCGAAUAUUUGGUCACUUUGAUAUUAUACCAACAAAUUUCGUUUCAUACGUAUGUGCUAACCAGAAAAUUAGAGAGAUUGAGAAAUUCCACAUAAAUCUUGUUCUUGUAGUCGCUGACUCUGUCUACACUUCUUUCAUCGUGCUAUCGUUCAUGCUAUUCUUAACUUGUGCGAUUGCCACAUGUCUUGAUGGAAUAGUACACAAAAAGUAUCCAACACGUACCAGAUAAUGUCGUAGUACAAAACACGUUUUUCAUAGGUACACGUACAGGUAAAUGGCGUAGUACACAACACAUAUCCCACAGAUGCACGUACCCGUACAGGUAAAUGGCGUAGUACACAACACAUAUUCAACAGGUGCACGUACCCGUACAGAUUAAUGGCAUAAUACACAACACAUAUCCAACAGAAGCACGUACCCGUACAGGUUAAUGGCGUAGUACACAACACAUAUCCCACAGAUACAAGUACCCGUACAGGUUAAUGGCGUAGUACACAACACAUAUCCCACAGAUACACGUACCCGUACAGAUCAAUGGCGUAGUACACAACACAUAUCCCACAGAUACACGUACCCGUACAGAUCAAUGGCGUAGUACACAACACAUAUCGCACAGGUGCACGUACCCGUACAAGUUAAUUGUGUAGUACACAACACAUAUCACACAGGUGCACGUACCCGUACAGAUUAAUUGCGUAGUACACAACACAUAUCACACAGAUACACGGACCCGUACAGAUUAAUUGCGUAGUACACAACACAUAUCACACAGAUGCACGUACCCGUACAGAUUAAUUGCGUAGUACACAACACAUAUCCCACAGAUGCACGUACCCGUACAGAUUAAUUGCGUAGUACACAACACAUAUCCCACAGAUGCACGUACCCGUACAGAUUAAUUGCGUAGUACACAACACAUAUCACACAGAUGCACGUAUCCGUACAGAUUAGUGGCCUAGUACACAACACAUAUCACACAGAUGCACGUACCCGUACAGAUUAGUGGCCUAGUACACAACACAUAUCCCACAGAUGCACGUACCCGUACAGAUUUAUUGCGUAGUACACAACACAUAUCACACAGAUGCACGUACCCGUACAGAUUAGUGGCCUAGUACACAACACAUAUCCCACAGAUGCACGUACCCGUACAGAUUAAUGGCGUAGUACACAACACAUAUCACACAGAUACACGUACCCGUACAGGUUAGUGGCGUAGUACAAAACACAUAUCACACAGAUGCACGUACCCGUACAGGUUAGUGGCGUAGUACACAACACAUAUCCCACAGAUGCACGUACCCGUACAGAUUAGUGGCCUAGUACACAACACAUAUCACACAGAUACACGUACCCGUACAGAUUUAUUGCGUAGUACACAACACAUAUCACACAGAUGCACGUACCCGUACAGAUUAGUGGCCUAGUACACAACACAUAUCCCACAGAUGCACGUACCCGUACAGAUUAAUGGCGUAGUACACAACACAUAUCACACAGAUGCACGUACCCGUACAGGUUAGUGGCGUAGUACAAAACACAUAUCACACAGAUGCACGUACCCGUACAGGUUAGUGGCGUAGUACACAACACAUAUCCCACAGAUGCACGUACCCGUACAGGUCAAUGGCGUAGUACACAACACAUAUCCCACAGAUGCACGUACCCGUACAGGUUAGUGGCGUAGUACACAACACAUAUCCCACAGAUGCACGUACCCGUACAGGUUAGUGGCGUAGUACACAACAAAUAUCCCACAUGUGCACGUACCCGUACAGGUUAGUGGCGUAGUACACAACACAUAUCCCACAUGUGCACGUACCCGUACAGGUUAGUGGCGUAGUACAGUACAAUUAGUGAUGUGGAAUAUCUCGAAGACAUAAUCUUGGACGUCAUAUUUUGGGAUCAGUUCACCAAAAUACUUUUGAUUCUUGCCCAAUAACUGUCGGUCUCAACAGGAUAAUAGUUGAAAAAGUUAAUUUAACGGGGACCACGAGUGACAUUCAAUACUAGUUAACUCAAAUCAUUCGAAACAAGUGUCUACCCAACUUUUAUAUAAGAGCAUAAUAACAACGUCAGUUUAACUACAUGGACACAUCAAUAAUGAAUAUGUACGGAUUAGCAUGCAUACGUAUAUGUAUUGCUAAUGAUAAGUUCUAUGUUUCAUAAACAUGUCAUGCAUAUCUUGUUUCUUUCACAAUAAAUCUACAAACAACAAU